AUGGCGAAAGAAUCCGUCUCUUUCGUUGUUAACAUCAUUGAUACAGAUUUAAGGGUUUCAUUUAGCUGUAUAAUGGAGUUGCACGAGAUAUUAGAAAAGAAAACCUUGUCGUCAAGCAGUUUACUUUUAUAUUGGCGACCCGCUGCUCUGCAUUCUACUUCUAGCUCAACUGAUCUGUCCCAUAUGUCAAAUCGGCCGCGUCGACGUCGAGCCGUAUCGUCUUCUCCGGCAUACAACAGAGAUGCAAUAGAGAGCAACGUUGAAUACCAGUCUGAGGAUUCUGAUUGUUCCACUUCAUCAGAGGCUGCAGAAACGUCCGAAUACCGCACUGACGUCCGAAACGAAGAACAUUCGGAUCCCGAUGAUAAGUUAUUCUUGCCGAGGAAGAAUGUUGUACAUGACAUAGUGCACGCAGGCAGGAAUAAUGCGAUCUGGAACAGACGACUAUGGAGGAAGAUAAAUUCCAUCUUGUUAACUGUUCUUAUAAUGACAGCAUUGCUUUGUAUAAUCAAUCUGUACCAAUCUAAUCUCGGGGACAAUCAACACGAUACGGAGUUAGCACGCACUCGCUUGUUAGCUUUCGAGAAGCAUUUGUCAGAAUUUGCUACACACUUCGAGAACGUCACUAAGGAAGAGCUUGGAGUCAUUUUUCAUGUUGGAAGACAGUGGUUUUUGAUGCGUCAAAAGCGGCCCGUCGUUUUGAUUGUCGCAGGCAAUGAAAGCGAACGUUUCGUUCGUGUGCUCUCUGAAGUGUUCCGCUCGUCAUUUCAAAUUCCUUCACCAAUAGUGGAUCUCGACUUGUCUUCUGAACUAGUCAGGUCGGAGCUUCAUGGCAAUUUAGACCGUGUGGUACAUUCGACUGUCCCAUUAGCUAUACUAGACGGUGUGGAGCAUCUCGGUUGGGACGCUCCGCUCGCUCUACAUGCUUUUGCGGACGAUUCAUCUACGGCACAUCCGCACACCUUACUAUUUUUGACAGUAAGAAAGUCAUUCCAAAGAAGUGCAAAGGAGUGCGAACGAUCGGUCAUGGAAUACCUGAGCGAACGUUGGAUUGGUACAGGAGGCUCUACGGACAAUGUUACCCCAAUAUUGUCGCGCAUAAUGCAGUUUUUGAUCUGUGUAUGAUUAGAGUCGCUGCUUCCGCGAUAUCUUCAGCUGUCUUCAACGAG